CUCUCUUCUUUCAUCUUUCCUAUAUUCCUCUUUCUUUGCUUUUCUCUUUUUCUACCUCACGUCCUUCAUUUGGCACUAUUUCUCCUACUUUGCUGUGUUUACGUGCUCCUACAAUUAUCUGAUCCUGAAUGGAGUCAGUGUUGGAGGCUGAGCUCCAGGCCAGGGGAGAGAGUGGGUCUCCCUGCCCAGGAGAGUGCUCUCUGUGUGGGCAUCACAAUCGGACUCUCUCCCUCUUCUGCCUGGAUGACCUGGUGCCGGUGUGCUGUGUGUGUGGAGAAUCACACACACAUGAUGGGCACAGAGUUUAUCCCAUAGAGGAGGCAGUGCACGACUGCAAGGGGGAGCUGGAGAGAUCAGUGAAUAUGUUACAGAAGAGAGCAUGUAAAUGUGAGCUGAUCAACAACACCUGUCAAUCAGCCUUCGAGCACAACCAGUGCCAGGCCCAGCAGACAGAGAGGCAGAUAAAGGAGGAGUUUGAGAAGCUUCAUCAGUUCCUCAGAGAAGAAGAGGAGUCCAGGAUCACUUCACUGAGGGAGGAAGAGGAGGCGAAGAAGAAGAAGGCAAAGGAGCGGAGUGAGAGAGUGGAGGAAAUUAUCGAGUUUAUAUCAGACACAAUCAGAGCAGUAGAGAAAGUGAUGGAUGCAGAUGAUGUGGACUUUCGGGAGAAAUAUGAGGGCACGAUCAAAAGAGUGUGGGAGUGUCAGAAAAGGCCAAAGAAGAUCUUUAGGACACUGAUAGAUGUUCCUAAACAUGUGGGAAACCUGAGAUUCAAAGUCUGGGAGAAGAUGCUGGAGACAGCUCCCUACUUUCCAGUAACUCUGGACCCAAACUCUGCCUCUACCUCCUUCUCUGUAUCACCUGAUCUCAAUCAGGUCCAGUAUAAAGAAAGACAGCAGCUGUCCCUCCCCAGCAUCCCUGAGCGUUUCAGCCCCUACGCCUGUGUCUUGGGGACAGAGGACACCACCUACAGUCAACAGUCCUGGCCAUACUCCUGGGUUGUGGAGGUGGGGGAAAGCUCCAACUGGACUCUAGGUGUGGCCGCAGUGUCUGUCAAGCGAGGAGAGAUGUAUGAGGCGUGUCCAGAGGAGGGACUUUGGACCAUCAGCCUACGGGAUGACGAGUAUCACGCAAUGACAUCGCCAUGUGAGCGACUGGAGCUUAACGGGCACAGGCCUCGACGAAUCAGAGUGUGUGUAGACUGGAAGGGUGGGCACGUGAGUUUCGUGGAUCCAGACAGUGAAACCCACCUCUACACAUUCUCACACACUUUCAGUGAAGCGCUGCUGCCGUACUUCGAGAGCAUCUGCCCAACACGACCUCUGGUGCUUCUACCCCAGAGUGUUUCAGUGGUCAUAGAGAAACAUGAGCUACCUGGUGAGGAGGAGGAGGAGGAAGAUUACAAGGUCACUGAGGAAAUGUCUAAUCAUACAGAAUAGCUUACAUUUUAAUGUUCUAUGUUAUUUUAUUUUAGUGUUCCAUUAUUUCAAAAUAUGUUUUUGUUAUUGUUUAGCAGCAGCUACUAUUAUUUGUGAUGUGUGCAGUGUUCAUGUAAUUGUAUCACACUGCUGUUAUUGUAAAUUGACUCUGCGUUUGAAAAAGGUGCUAUACAAAUUAUGCUUCAUGUUGAAAAUAAGUAUUAUUUUGAGUUAUCUA